UUCAGCAAAGGUACACCAACUAUAUAGCUGGGUAUGUGCUACUUACAUUAGGUUUCUGUGUAAAUACUAUGGAAAACACAUCGACAUUUACUACAUUUAUUCUGGACGGCUACUUUAUUUUGGACAAGCAGAAGCAUUUGUACUUCACUAUUUUUCUUUUUGUCUAUGUUGCAAUUGUUCUGCUAAAUGCACUUCUGAUUGCAGUCAUCUACACUGAGAGGACGCUGCAUAAUCCCAUGUUCAUUCUUGUGUGCCAUCUAUCUGUUAAUGAUAUCUAUGGCAGCUCCAGUCUGAUCCCUCAUCUGUUAUUUAACCUCGCUACUCAGUUUUAUAAGAUUUCUCUGACAAACUGUCUGAUACAAAUAUUCUGCCUGCAUACUUUCAAUAUUAUUGAACUAACUAUAUUGGCAGUUAUGGGAUACGAUCGAUAUAUUGCAAUCUGUCACCCACUUCGUUAUCACAGCCUGAUGUCUCCCAGAAAACUUCAGAUUAUAGUUAUUUUUAUGUGGUUUUAUCCUUUAAUUACAUUUCUCUGUUAUGAAUCAUUAACUAUACGCUUAACUUUCUGCAAUGCAAUUAUUACUAAGACACACUGCGUCAAUUUUGAACUUAUUAAACUCUCCUGCACAGAUAUCACUGUUCACAGCAUUAUCGGCCUUUCAACUAUGGUUCUGUUUAUGCUUCCACAGAUGCUGGUGAUUUUGUUUUCUUAUGCACAGAUUUUGCGAGUUUGCCUUUAUUCUUCUAAAGAAUGUAAAACAAAAGCAGUUCAGACAUGUACUCCUCAUCUUCUCACUCUUUUAAAUUAUUUUAUCGGGUGUUUCUUUGAGAUCAUCCAAAGCAGGUACAACAUCAGCUAUUUGCCUUAUGACUUCCGCACUUUCAUGGCUCUGUAUUUUAUGAUAUUUCCACCUCUGUUUAAUCCUAUUAUUUAUGGUAUGAGUGGUCGUGUGAUAAGGAACUUUGUUUAUGAAUUUGUCUUUUGUAAAAAAGGUGGGUGUGUUAAAACAUUAAGCAAUUAAUUGUUUUUUUUGUCAAAUACACUAAAAGAGUAAAAACUGGCAAACAUGUCAAACUGCUCAUAUUACUGAAACUAAAUUAAUCUGACAGUAAAUACACAACCCCAUUGUGUUAAUACUGAAAACUGAGCCACUUUAGGAUGCUCUUCAGACCAUAACUGUGUGCUUUGGUAUAUUAUCAGUUGUUAAAAUAGUGUAUAAUAUUAUAUAGCUAUAUAUGACUAUAGAAGUCUAUUUAGUUGAUGCAAACACGUUUAAUCAUUGUUAUAUAUUUCUUUAACUAAAUUAACUUCCCAAGCUAAAUAUGUAAAAAAUAUGCACAACAGAAUAAACACGUCUGGUGAAAAAAGGCAAACAAGGUUGUUAAUAUGACAUAUUGUAUGUUUUUAAUGAUUUUUUCAAUAAAUAACUGGGGGAAACUAGUUGUCCUUAUUGUGUAGUAUUAGUGAUAUUGUUGGAAUGUUAUCUAUUACAUCAGCAGAUGACAUGGCUCUACAAACCAUCACUGAUGUGCUGUGAAGUUUUCACCAUCAGUGAUGGAUUGGAGAGACAUGUCAUCUGCUGGUGUUGGUCUACCGUGUUUUAUCAAGUCCAUAGUCAGUGCAGUGUUUUUCCGCAAAAUCUGACAGCACUUCAUGAUUCCCUCUACUGACAACUUUUAUGCAGAUGCGGAUUUUAUUUCCCAGCAGGACUUGGCACACUGCCCACACUGCCAAAAGUACCAAUUGUUCUUAUAUAAUAUUGUAAUUUUCUGAGACACUGAUUUUUGUUUUUUCAUUGUCUGUAAGUCAUAAUCAUCCACAAUAAAAUAAAUAAACACUUAAAA